AUGCGCGUCUUCGCUCCCAACGAUGUUGUCGCAAAGUCUCGAUUCUGGUACUUCUUGAUGAAGCUACGCAAAGUGAAGAAGUCCAACGGCGAGGUCGUCUCUCUGAACAAGAUCCACGAGAAGCGCCCCCUCAAGGUCAAGAACUUCGGCAUCUGGAUCCGUUACGACUCGCGCUCCGGCACUCACAACAUGUACAAGGAGUACCGAGAGAUGACCAGAGCCGAUGCCGUUGAGGCGCUGUACAAGGAUAUGGCCGCCCGCCAUCGUGCUCGAUUCAGGACUAUCCACAUCCUCAAGGUCGUCGAAGUCACCGAUCUCAACGCUAUCCGCCGCCCAUACAUCAAACAGCUAGUCUCAAAAGACCUCAAGUUCCCUCUGCCUCACCGCGCCGCCAAGAGCAAGAAGUUGUUCUCUGCCACCAGACCCAGCACUUUUGCGUAA